AUGGGCGACACAGUUCGAACUGACGUUCUUAUAGUCGGGGCCGGUCCGGCAGGAUUAAUGGCUGCCGCCUGGAUGGCUCAGAUGGGUGUGAAAGCGAUGAUAAUUGACAAAAGGUCGCAUCAGACGCGAUGCGGCCGGGCCGACGGGCUGGAAAGCCGAACAUUGGAAAUCCUAGACAGCUUUGGCCUUGCAGACAAAGUCUGGGCAGAAGCAAACCAUACGGUAGAAAUCUCCUUAUGGGGUGGCACAGUCGACGGAAACCUCCAAAGACAAAGCGUUACUGCGAAUUCAGAGCCCGGAUGGUCACGAUUCCAUGAAUCCACGCUCAGCCAAGCAAAAGUGGAAGAAUACCUCAUGGAAUAUGUCCGGGCCCGUGGCAACGUUGACAUCAGACGAGAGACGACUCCGACCGGUUUAGAUAUCGAUUACGAUAAAAUCGAGGACCACAGCAAGUUCCCAAUUCGCAUAAAUCUGAAGAGCGCGGCUCCUAUAUCGAAGCCCCAUUCCAAUGGCAUGGAUACCCCGAGUAGUGUUACAAGCAGCGAGCCACAUUCGGAUGAUUCCGGAUAUGCAGGGAUGGACACCGUGGUAGAAGCCAAAUAUAUCGUGGGAUGCGACGGAGCGCGUAGCUGGCUCAGGAAACAGCUCAGGCUCAGACUCGACGGAGGAAGCUCAAGUGACUCUUGGGGGGUUUUGGAUAUUAUCCCCCUCACGAACUUCCCCGAUAUACGGAAACGGUCCAUUGUAAAGACAAAACACGGAACUCUUAUGGUGAUCCCGCGGGAGCAAAAGCUUGUCCGUAUCUACGUUGAGCUCCAUCCAGACGUGGCCACGCGAUACAGGGAGGAACAAAACAGCGAGGUCCUCAUGGACCAGGUCGAGAAGGUUAUGCAGCCAUAUACGAUGAAGACGAAACAUAUCGAGUGGUCCACCAUAUACACUGUAGGCCAGCGGAUCUGCCGAAAAAUUGGCCUGCAUAACCGCAUCUUUCUUGCCGGUGAUGCGAUCCACACACAUUCCCCCAAGGCAGGCCAAGGAAUGAACGUAAGCAUGCAGGAUACGUUCAACCUCGGCUGGAAACUCGCCUCAGUUGUCCAAGGCACCUUGCACCCUCAAAUCCUCGAGACAUACCAACAAGAGAGGCUACCUGUGGCCGAAAAAUUGAUCGCACUUGACCAGCGGAUCUGCCGUGGAAUGUGCAGCCGCAGGGAUGUGGGUGGCGAAGCAAACCACGGUCGCUUCGACGAGGACCACAAGCGAGCACUGAAGGAAGAGAACUCAUCAGCCUCAGGCCUGGCCGUUAUCUACCAGCCGAAUCUGCUCGUGACACCCACCACCCCUUGCAUGACAGGGGCCGGGCUGCUAAAUGAUGGAGUGGUGCCCGGCCGCAGCAAGCCACCUCUGGCGACAAACCUCCGGGUCGGGGCGCGGAUUCCAAGCUUGCUGAUCCUUAACCAGAGUGACGCACAACCACGCCAUUUGCAGCAGCUUUUGUCCAGCACGGGAAAGUGGAACCUGAUUAUUUUCGGGGCCGAUAUUGCGGAUCCGCGGCAAAUGCGACGCCUCGGCCACCUGGAAGAAGCCCUUGGUUCCCCCAAGUCCGUCACCCAGAGGCUAAGCAAUCGAGCAAGCGCGACGAGACCUGGAUUUGCAUCCGUCGAAAUGUAUUUGAUCCACUGUGCAGACAGACUCGGCAUCGAGCUUCACGAUCUGCCGACGAUCUUCCGGCCUUGGACGGAGGACCACGGGGUAGAUUACAACAGGGUAUGGGUGGACGAAAAAGCGUACCACCACGCCGGGGGAGGGAAAUUGUAUAAAUCCUUUGGUAUCGGACCGGAGGGCUGCAUGGUGUUAUUGCGACCGGAUCAGCAUCUGGCAUUCCUAUCAGAGUUGGAUGAUAUUAAGGGGCUGGAAUGCUUUUUGAUGUCUGUCAUGACGGAGGAAUGUCGUAAGCCAGUAAUCUGCUAA